CAAAUUUUCGACUAAUCAAGUUGACUUAUUGAAAAUUUCGUCACUAAUCUGUCUUUCUAUCAUCGUCGUCUGAGUCGAUAGGACGCGUUGUAAUAAUUUUUAAUUAUGUCUCAUCGUAAGUUUUCGGCGCCUCGCCAUGGUUCCAUGGCUUUCUACCCCAAAAAGCGUGCAGCUAGACACCGUGGAAAGGUUAAGGCCUUCCCUAAAGAUGAUGCCUCCAAACCAGUGCAUCUAACUUGCUUUGUUGGAUACAAGGCCGGUAUGACUCACAUUGUACGUGAGGCUGACCGUCCUGGAUCAAAGAUCAACAAGAAGGAAGUUGUUGAGGCUGUUACCGUUUUGGAAACACCACCAAUGAUUGUUGUAGGAGCUGUUGGUUACAUUGAAACUCCAUUCGGUCUACGUGCCCUCGUUAACGUCUGGGCCCAGCACUUGUCUGAAGAAUGCCGUCGUCGUUUCUACAAGAACUGGUAUAAGAGCAAGAAGAAGGCUUUCACCAAGGCCAGCAAGAAAUGGACCGAUGAUGUCGGUAAGAAGAGCAUUGAGAAUGACUUCAGAAAGAUGAUCCGUUAUUGCAAGGUCAUCCGUGUCAUUGCCCACUCUCAGAUCCGUUUGAUCAAGCAACGCCAAAAGAAGGCUCACAUCAUGGAAAUCCAAUUGAACGGUGGUUCAAUUGAGGACAAGGUUAAAUGGGUCAAGGAGCACUUGGAACAAGCUGUGCCCGUCUCAAAGGUCUUCGGACAAGAUGAGGUUAUUGACUGCGUUGGUGUUACCAAGGGUAAGGGAUUCAAGGGUGUGACCAGCCGUUGGCACACAAAGAAAUUGCCACGCAAGACGCACAAGGGUCUGCGUAAGGUCGCCUGUAUUGGUGCUUGGCAUCCAAGUCGUGUAUCCUUCACUGUAGCACGUGCCGGUCAGAAGGGUUACCAUCACCGUACCGAGAUCAACAAGAAGAUCUACCGCAUUGGAGCUGGUAUCCACACUAAGGAUGGCAAGGUCAUUAAGAACAAUGCAUCGACUGAGUACGAUUUGACCGAUAAGAGCAUUACCCCAAUGGGUGGUUUCCCCCAUUAUGGUGAAGUUAACAAUGACUUUGUCAUGCUUAAGGGAUGUUGCAUUGGUUCCAAGAAACGUGUUAUUACCUUGCGUAAAUCACUUUUGGUCCACACCAGCCGCAAAGCUUUGGAACAAAUCAAGCUUAAGUUCAUCGAUACAUCGUCCAAGAUGGGUCAUGGUCGCUUCCAGUCUGCCGCCGACAAAUUGGCAUUCAUGGGACCACUCAAGAAGGACCGCAUCAAGGAAGAACAGGCUGCAACUACAGCUGCUCCAACCAUUUAAAUGUAGAGAUUUUAGAACAUUGUCCAAAGUAUAAUUUUUGGAUUUUUUACCAUACAAACAAUAAAAUUGUAAGAAAUAAAA